GGGGCAGAUGCAAGAUGGCGGCGAAUGCGAACUCGGCCGGAGGCGGCGGCGGCCUCUCGCUCUUCGAGUGCCCGAGCUGGGCAGGAAAGCCUCCACCUGGCUUACAUCUGGAUGUAGUCAAAGGAGACAAACUCAUUGAGAAACUCAUAAUUGAUGAGAAGAAGUAUUAUCUUUUUGGGAGAAAUCCUGAUCUGUGUGAUUUUACCAUUGACCACCAGUCCUGCUCUCGGGUCCAUGCUGCCUUGGUCUAUCACAAACAUCUCAAGAGGGUUUUCCUCAUAGAUCUAAACAGCACACAUGGCACAUUCUUGGGUCAUAUCCGUUUGGAACCUCACAAACCUCAGCAAAUACCCAUUGACUCCACGGUCUCAUUUGGUGCUUCUACACGGGCAUAUACACUGCGAGAGAAGCCUCAGACGCUGCCGUCAGCAGUCAAAGGAGAUGAGAAAAUGGGUGGUGAUGAUGAAGAGCUCAAGGGCUUGCUGGGCCUGCCAGAGGAGGAAACGGAACUUGAUAACCUGACAGAGUUUAAUACAGCCCACAACAAAAGAAUUUCCACACUAACCAUAGAGGAAGGAAACUUGGAUAUUCAGAGACCAAAGAGAAAACGGAAGAACUCCAGAGUGACAUUCAGUGAUGAUGAUGAAAUCAUUAAUCCGGAGGAUGUGGACCCAUCUGUUGGGCGUUUCAGGAACAUGGUACAGACAGCGGUAGUCCCUGUUAAGAAAAAACGGUUGGAGAAUCCAGGCUCACUGACCACAGAUGAUUCUGCAUCACGGCGCAUGCAAAACUUUCCCUACAGUGGAGGAUUGUAUGGUGGUUUACCUCCAACUCACAAUGAGGCAGGUUCCCAAUCGCAUGGCGUCCAUGGGACAGCACUCAUUGGUGGUCUGCCAAUGCCCUACCCAAAUCUUGCCCCAGAUGUGGACUUGACCCCUGUUGUACCUUCGACAGUUAACAUGAACCCUGCUCCAAACCCUGCUGUCUUUAAUCCUGAAGCUGUGAAUGAACCCAAGAAGAAGAAAUACGCAAAGGAGGCAUGGCCAGGCAAGAAGCCAACCCCUUCCUUACUGAUCUGAGUAGGGUUUUGUUGAGAGAGGGUGGGAGUUACGAACUUCAGAAACUGUUUAUGUGCAGUAUCGUCUUUUUAAAAAAUUUCAGUGUCCUAACCACGU